ACACGAAACCUCUCUUUCUCAAUGAGUGGUUCAAUGGAGAAGUCACCGAGAAACAGAGACAAAGCACACAAAUUGCUUCCUUCACCAACCACCAGCUGCAGAAUCUGCAUCAGCAACACCACUCCGACCCGACCCGUUACCCCCAGAUCCGAAUCCACCAACCCGUACCCGACUACUAUCGUCCAGACCGAUGCCGCCUCUUUCAAGCAAGUCGUCCAGAUGCUAACAGGAUCCUCCCAGAAGCCCAAUUAUCCAAACCCGACCCACCAACCCGACCCGAGAUCUUCCUCUCACUCAAUCCCUCCAAUCAAAGCCGUUCCCAACAAGAAGCAAUCUUUCCGCCUCAACGAACGCCGCAAUUCCAUGAAGCAUCUGAAGAUCCACCCGGUUUUUAACCCGAUUCAUUCCGGGUUACCCGAGAGACUCUCCCCUAGCAUCCUCGAUCUCUCAUCUCUGGUCUUAAGCCCUGACACUCCUCUCAUUCAUGACCCGUUUUAUCGAACCGGGUCUUCGAAUCGGAGCCCGAGCAAUCCCGGGUUCGGAUAUCGGGAUCCGAUUUUGAACUCCGACGCCGAAGAGAGAGCGAUUAGAGAGAAAGGGUUUUACUUGCACCCGUCACCGUCGACGACUCCGAGGGAAUCGGAGCCCCGGCUUCUCUCUCUCUUCCCGUUGACUUCUCCUCGGGUUUCAGAUUCUCCCGCUGACUCAUCUACCUAAUUUUUCGCUUAGCUAAAUUUUUACAUUUUUGUAAGUUUAUCUUAGAUAUAAGGAUUAUUACUAAUUCUUAUAAAACUUGUAAUGCUUCGACUUCUGCGAAUGCACUAUAUCCUUACUCAU